GGAAGUUUGGUGGUAGUGUCGUAGUGCUGGGAUAGCUUGCUGAGUGGAACCAACAUAUCGAACUUGAUAUCAUAGAGGGGUCAUGAUCCGACCGCUUAAAGGGUCCAUUGGCUUGCUGCAAGUGGACCAAGUCGCACAGACACGUUCUGCGCACUGUUUCAUUUGUUUCACCUAAGCAGAAACGCUGUCAGGCGCUUUCGAUUUUGAAGUUGGCAAGGAGACCAAAGGUUCCAAUGCCGGCAAUGCCAUGUUUCUCAACUGCUGGCACGUCCUCAACACGUCUGGGAAACUUUUCUCAAAGGCUGCACAAAGAGGACUCAUUACCGCCAGACUAUCAAAUGGAAUUCCCGAUGUACACGGUUUCCUUGGAGGAGUUGAUGAAGAUGGAAGCAGUGAGGCCACACGAAAGGUUGAUGGAGGAAGAUGUACUGGUGGAAUUUGAAACAAAUAAGGGAAAUGCAGCAUUUAUCUCACACCAAUGGAUUUCUGGGGAACAUCCGGAUCCGGACUUCAAGCAGAUGCGGAUCAUGCAAGAGGCUGUGAAAAACAUACUGUCCAAGAUGAGUGUGAUCGAGAAGAAUAUUCCAGGCCAGUGGUUUUCGCCCUGUGCAGCUGUCUCCACGGACUGUUUUCAUUCAAGCCCACUCUAUUUUUGGUAUGAUUACUUUUCUUUGCCGCAGAUAGACGUCAACUCUUGGGACUUAGGAUCUUUGCAGAAACCCAUUGACAAGGCCAUUGACAGCAUCCCUGCGUACAUCGCCAGUUGCGAGUUCUUCUUCGCACUGUGUCCAGUGGUUGAGAGCCCAGAUGGCUCAGAGCUCUUUGGCAGCUCCACCUGGUGGAGCCGUGGGUGGUCGCACGGAGAAGACCAUUCGUGAGUUGUCAAAGAACCCCAGCUGGAUUCAGGUUCGGAGCAGUACAGCUCUUGAGGUUAUUUAUGGUGCAACAAAAACUGUGAUUCAGGGAACCCCAGGCGAUGGGACGUUUGGAUUCAAUGAAGACAAGCGGAAGAUUGGCUUUGUCUUAAAGGCCUUCAUGAAAAACAUCAUCUGGUCCUGCUUGAGGUCAAGGGAUUUGGUCUGCUACAGAAUGCAUCUGAAUCUGAUGAAUGUGCUUCUCAGAGGCUUUCCCAUUGAGUGUCAAGCAUCCAUGUCUGAAAUGAGCGGAUUGGCCAAGCCAGGCGCAGGGUAUGAGUCACUUGCAGAGGAGUUCCUUGAUCAGAAUGGCUUCAAUUGUGUCAAUGAGGUUGAUAGUGCAGGAUGGUCACCCCUUUGCUAUGCAGCUAUCCAUGGGGAUCCUUUCCUGAUUCGAAGCCUGUUGCAGCAGCGGGCAGAUCCCUGUGAUCAGACACGGAAGUUCCACCCUCGUCUCGAUUUGUGGGGAAAAUUAUCGGUGCUCUCUCUUGCUUGCGGAUUCAAUCACAAUGAGGCUGCUCAAGUCUUGAUUGGGGCAAGAGCCCAGGUGGACGGUGGCAAGUAUGCAGCCUUGGCAUCAGCUGCAUACAGCAACAACAAGGCAGCCAUCCACAUGGUUUUGGAGGCAAAGGCCGAUCUCAAUAAACUUUCCAUGGGCCUGCCUCCCAUCAUUCAUGGAUGUCUUCGUGAUUCAAGAGAAGCGGUGUCUGAGCUAAUGUUCCAGAGGAGAAUGAGUGGUGUUGAAGACUUGAAUCUGUCGAAAUGCUUGCAUAUGGCAGUGUGCUUCCAGGGAGGAACAGCUGAGAUGGUGCAACAAUUGGUUGAUGCAAAGGCCGAUGUGAAUGAGCAGCUCAGACAGCCUACAUUCAGCUUUUUCGGCGUGGCUCUCCAAUUUCAUUCAUGCAAGUUCCGAUUUGGGAAAGCAGCAAGUGGCAGCAGAUUGGCCUACCACAGCUAUGACUCCACGCCGCUGAUGUGUGCACUCCUGGCUGAGCAGCAUGAGGCAGCAAUGACACUGAUUGUGAACGGUGCACGACUUGAUCUGUAGAAUUCAUGUAAAAAGACGGCCAUCGAUUUGGGUCGAGAUAUGCUUGCGCCAGACUACCUCAUGCAAGCGUUGGAAGGGGAUCCGGAUGCAUUAACAAGACUCAGGCAGAUGGUAUUCGUGGCCACAUCCAACAGAUAUUUAAUUUCAGAAAACCUUUGAAAA